AUGAUCUGGUGCCAACAAGCCUCAAGUGCCCCAGUUGUGCUCUUGUUCAUUUUAUUCAGCCACACACUAGAACCCACCACCUCCAGCCCUGUGGGUGCAGACCAAGCACUAGUCAGUGACUACUAUGGGCCACCCUCUUCGGAGCUUACACAGCCAGAGACACUGCCUACUCAGCCAGGGGGCAGUCAGGUGGGUUCACAGAAUGAGGAAGAAGAUGAGCUUUUCAAAGAUGUGGACCCUAAAACCCUAGCUGCAGUGCUCUUGGAAGCUCUGAACAAACCUCAGGGCGUCAAGAAGAGUGAGGGAGAGGAGGAAGGAGGGAAGGAAAACAAGGACGACAAGGAGAGAGAGAUCCAGGGUGCUGACAGGGACCGAGAUGGGCGCCAGGAGUUGGAGCUGGUCAUGGCAGCUGCUGCAGCACAGGGCAAGGAGGAACGAGAAAAGGAGGAGGAAGAGGAGAGGAAGAGAGCAGAGGAGGAGGAGGAACAACUAACGGAGAAAGUGACCAGCCACACAACCAGUCAGACGGUGCCAGUGAAAGAACAGCCAGCAGCAGAGGAAGUGGCUAAAAAGGAUGAUGUCACGACAGAGGAGGAGGGUCAGGAACCGGUAGGAGGUGCAGAGGGGGAAGAAGAAGAGCAGCUGAGCCCAGAAGAGGUGAAGAAUCUUCAGAACAUGCUGGAGGAGCUUCAGAGCUAUAGCACAGCCACCAAGAGGGAGCCUGACUCCUCAGUUGGCCAGAGGGAGAGUCGUGGGAGCUACCUUGCUGACCUGGAUCGCAACAAUCUCCUGUACAAUGAGAUCAAACCCAAGCCAAAAGGCUAUGAUCUGGCCCUAUCAAAGAAGAAACUCAAGUGGCAACAGGAGCUGGAAAAGGCUAAGAACCGGCCACUAUACAGAGGAGGAAACUUCAUGGAUGAUUUCAAUGACAACUUAACAGACCCAGAGGAGGAUGAGGGUGAGGAUGAAGAGGAGGAGGAAAUGCUGAGCCCAGAGGAAGAGGAGGCAAGGGCCAAGGCAGAACAGGAAGAGGUGCGUAGGCAGGCAGCAGAGGCCCAGAGAGCCAGGGCAGAGGAGGAGAAACUAGCAGAUAUUGCCUCUGAUAUGCUCCUGCAGUACAUGGUCAAGGAUGGGAAGAAAUACCAAGACCAUCGCAAGAAGAACUCCCUGGGGGUCAACGCAGCAGAGGAUAAGCGAUCAGAUGAGGAGGACACCAGCGAUGAUGAUGAUGACAUUGAUCCACAGACCAUUGACAAGCUGAUCGAGAUCUCCAGCAAGCUGCACCUGCCUGCCGACGACGUGGUGGACAUUAUCAGUGAUGUGGAAAAGAAGAAGAAGAAAGAUGCCCCUGAAACACUGCCAUGGCAACGACCUCUGGUUCCACCUCCAGCCCCUGCGGCCCCUGCUCCAGUGUCACGAAACCCACCUCUCUCAAAGCAGCCUCAGCCGAACACCAACCUCUUCAAAGCCUGGUUCAAGGACAAGGCCACAGUCAGGCCCAGCAAGCAGGAUUUUUGGGUCAAACAGCAGAGGCCCUUUCGGAACUACCCCAAUUACCCAUUCUACCAAAAGCCCUAUCGCGGUUACUACCCUGUCUAUAUCCCUCCGCCAAAGCCCAAGCCCCGAUACUACGCUAAGCCCUCCUUCUCUCUCAACGACCUGUUGGGUAACUCUCUGGACUAUGAUUUUGACUUCUCCCCAAAACGCAGGUACCGCCCAUGGGCACAACCUCGCCCAAAGACCCCUCCAGCCUUCCGGCGGAACCUCUACUUUCCCAACUACAUUGUUCCCCAGCCAAAGGUUUUCAAAUCCGUGCCCAUGCCCAAACCCAGGUCACCUCCGCGUCGUCGGCCAAGUUUCUAUUACCCUCCCCCAGCUCCUAUAGUCACCAGGAAAGAGAACUACUACAGUCAGCUGGGGCAACCACAGGAGGACAGUGAUGAAGAACUGGAGAACUUCAUCGAGAAGGUCUUCCUGAAACGUCCCAGGAUGUUUCACUGA